UUCCUAGUACUAUAAUUGAAAAACGCAAGAAACAUGUUUUUCAUGUUGAAAUUGGUGAUAAUAAUUUUAUUAAAUAAAUCGUACGCGUAUAUCACACAAAAUAUCGAAACAAUAUUGCUGCCAGCAUUGAAUUUGAAAAGCACAGAGAACACACCGUUAACUCUUAAAGUCUUUGGAAAACAAAUUCAGUUAAACCUGUGUAGAAAUGUCCAAAUAGUAUCUACGUUUAAAACAUGGAAACAUGACGCAACAGACAUCACAAAAGAAUUGUCGGAGUUAAAUGCAUCAGAUCCUUGCUAUUAUUUUCACGAAGAUAAUAUCAGCAUUUCGGCCAUAAACUUUCGUCAAGAAUCUGGAUGGGAAGGAUUCGUUCUCUUGAAGGAUAUCACGUUGGAAAUUAGACCAUUGCGGGAUGACUUGUCGUCUUCGUCUUUAACCGACGAUUUUUGCGUUAAAGAAGAAAUUAACAUUUCAUUUGGCAAAACUCACUUAAUUAAAAGAUCUUUGAAACUAUCUUCAGAUACAAAUUUUCAUAAUUUGGAUAAUUUUAAACUGAAGCGACGUUAUGUACGCAAUACGCAAGAAAAAUUAACUAUAGAACUGGCUGUUUUUUUUGACGAAGCCGCAUAUCGCACCUUCAUGCCAUUUCUGGACAACAAUGAACGAAAGUUGCAUAUGUUGAUAUUAGCGUAUGUGAAUAAUAUCCAAACUAUGUUCCAUCAUCCGAGUUUGGGUGUUUCUAUCGAUAUUUCGUUGGUAUAUUUAGAAAUUAUGAAAAAACAACCGUCAAAUUUGCCAAUUUUUGGCGGCGACGCUAGAAAACUAUACUACUCAUUUUGCGAAUACGCAAAUACUCGCAAUCCUUCAAACGACAUUGAUCCACAUCACUGGGACAUUGGUCUUUAUCUAACCGGAAUAGACAUUUAUUUGAAAGACCAAUCUAUCCUGGGAAUAUCCUUCGUGAACGGUGACUGCGAAACAAUCGAUUCGUGUGCGAUAGCAGAAUUCGGUAUUGCAAAUGCUCUAUCUUCAGGUUUUGCAUCAACUCUCGUUGCUGCUCAUGAAAUUGGCCAUAUUUUAGGAAUGGGACACGAUACCGAGUAUAAAAAACCAUGUAAAACAUACAAAAAUAUAAUGUCAUUAUACCAAUUCAAUCAAGGCCAAGUAACAUGGUCCGAGUGUAGUCGUUAUAUAGCUAGCAGACUAUGGCACACAAAACCAUGUCUUCGAGAUCGUACGAAAAAUCUCGAAGACGUAUUUGACCAUUCGCGGUAUCAAAAUUUACCCGGAAGAGAAUGGACUGCCAAAGCACAAUGCGAAGUAUAUUUCCGAGACAAGGAUGCGAACGUAGUCUCGUUGCUUGAUAUAUGCAAAACCUUAGAAUGUGAAACGCCUCAUAAGAAAGGCUUUUACUUAACGGGACCGGCGUUAGACGGCACUUAUUGCGCACCCGAGAAAGAAUGUUGGGGCGAAGAAUGCGUGCCCGUUCUGAAACCGCCUCUCGAUUAUUGUGAAGAGGAUAAUUGGAGUGAAUGGAAAGAGAGCCCCUGUCAAAGUAGUUGUUUAGAGAAAUCUAAAGGCGUAAAAGUCAAACGACGUUCUUGCAAACAUGGACUUCACAGAACGGCGAGUUGCGAAGGAUCAUAUUACGACGUGGCUCUGUGCGAUGACUCGAUGCUCUGUACUAAAAAUCGCAUGACAAUCGACAACUUCACUCUCCUGAAAUGCAUUGAAUUUGGCAAUAAUGAAGAUUUAAAAUUAUUUGGUGUCGAAUUAGAACGCGUGGCCACGGCAAUUAAGCCUUUCAUAGUUACGAGGAACCGUGGAAGGCCUGUACCAUACACUGCAUGGAACGUGGUGUCACAAUAA